GUCGUCAACAACAUCACCAUGGCCGCCGAGAACCCCGCAACAGCCACAAGGCGACCACGCAAGCGCCGCCGUCGCGCGGCAUCGUACGCGACAUCUUCUUCCGAAGACAGCGACGGUGAUUCGGGCGACGAUAAGGCAGAGGAGAAGAUGGACGUGGACGAGGCCUCCAGCUCCGGGUCAUCGGUCUCAACAUCAUCUGAGGAGAGCUCUGACUCGGACUCCUCGGAAAGCUCGGACAGCUCGGACUCCGACUCUGACGAAGACUCGGACUCGGACGCAGAUGAGCCAGCUGCCAAGCGCGCCGCCCCGGCAAAGGCCAAGGUGGAACGACCUAGGCAACCCACUCUCUCGCCGUCGCCGCCGCCGCGCGACAUACCCUCGUUCCUCCCCGCAAAGGCGGGGGAGGAGGAUGACCGCCGCGCCCGCUUUAAGCGAGUGUACAUGGAGAAGAUGGUUGAGGGGUUCGGUGGAGACUUGGAAACAUUGCGUGCAUCGGAUCCUACUCUCGGUCCCAGCCGACUGCAGCUGCUCAUUGACUCGCUGGCCGCCGGCGUCGACGUUUUCGCUGAACCCAACAGCGGUAAGAGCGUGGACGAGGUGGGCGUAAUCCUUAACGAGGGAGCCUGAGUGCCAUCACCCCUGUCCCUCGAUUUGACUUGCGCGUGCUGCACGCUCGACCGCAAUCUCGCCCUGCCUCCAUCUCGAUUCCCCCCUCCCCGCCUAUUUCCCGUUGAGCCUCGGCUAGGCGCUGUACACUAGCAAUGCAUUCAUAAGUCAUUAUCGUCAAAACA